UGUUGCACUGAUAGUGUGACUAUUGGAUCUGUUGCGCGAGGGUCGCACAACCCAGUGUAGGUAUGUAACCCCGCGUGCAGUGCUAAAACAACUCAGCCACUCUGUUCAUCUUUUUUAUUUCUCAAGAAAACGGUGAAUUUGAAAGGAUGUCUAUUUACGGGUCUUUCCAGCAAGAGAGUUUCUGGUGUGGAUUUACUCAUCAAGCUAAGAGGUGUGUGUGAUCUGACUGACACGGGUUCUUGUACCGAUGGAGGAGCGCAGAGGUGGUUAUGCCGGUGGUUCCUUCAGCGCCGUUCGCCCGCUCUUCCCCACGACUGUAAUCUUUUCUUGGGACAGGACAUUUGGCGAGGGGAAAUGUGAAGAGGCUUAAAGUAUGGCAUGCAAAGAUGGUCUCUGCCAAGAAGGAGAUGGUGACUGCGAUGUACCCAAGUUGCGUUUCGACUCUCUUGUACUUACUCUUCGUGACUGCUUGUAUAAAGAAAAUCUCUGGCCAACCCAAAAAGGAUGAUAAAUUAUAUCCGGAGAAUUUUACACGAAUUUUAGACCGCCUUCUGGAUGGCUACGACAACAGACUUCGACCAGGAUUUGGGGGUCCAGUGACAGAAGUCAAGACUGAUAUUUACGUCACCAGCUUUGGUCCUGUCUCUGAUGUUGAAAUGGAGUACACAAUGGAUGUGUUUUUUCGGCAAACCUGGGUCGACAGACGACUGAAAUAUGAGGGGCCUAUUGAGAUCUUGAGACUUAACAAUCUCAUGGUGACUAAGGUGUGGACCCCCGACACGUUUUUCAGGAAUGGGAAGAGAUCCGUGGCUCACAACAUGACUGCCCCAAACAAGCUCUUCCGCAUCAUGAAGAAUGGUACCAUCCUUUACACAAUGAGACUGACGAUCAGUGCAGAAUGUCCAAUGAAGCUGGUGGAUUUUCCUAUGGACGGUCACUCUUGUCCCCUUAAAUUUGGGAGCUAUGCAUAUCCUAAGACAGAGAUGAUCUACACUUGGACAAAAGGACCAGAAAACUCUGUAGUCGUGCCCCCAGAAUCGUCCAGUCUGGUGCAGUAUGACCUGAUUGGUCAAAGUGUUUCCAGUGAAACCGUCAAAUCAAUCACAGGUGAAUAUGUGGUGAUGACGGUGUAUUUCCACUUGAUAAGAAAAAUGGGCUACUUCAUGAUUCAGACAUACAUCCCUUGCAUAAUGACAGUAAUCCUCUCCCAAGUGUCCUUCUGGAUAAAUAAAGAAUCUGUUCCCGCGAGAACCGUCUUUGGCAUCACCACAGUCCUGACCAUGACCACCCUGAGCAUCAGCGCCCGCCACUCGCUGCCCAAGGUCUCCUACGCCACGGCCAUGGACUGGUUUAUCGCCGUCUGCUUUGCCUUUGUCUUCUCCGCCCUCAUCGAGUUCGCCGCCGUCAACUACUUCACCAAUGCGCAAGCAGAGCGGGCCAAGAGGAAGCUGGCCAAACAGUGCCCGGUGCAUUCAGCUGAGGCCAAAGCCAAGGACAAAGACACGGAGGAGGUUCUGCAGCAAAACUCGGACACAAACGGCAACCUUAGGAAACGGCUGAACAACUCCUCAUCCCGCUCGGACUCCAAGAAGGCCGACUCAGCCAGCAGCAGCAGUGGCAGCAGCGGUAACAACAGCACCGCGGUGAAGGGCGCACGGCAAGCCUCCUCCAACACCGGGACCACCGGCAGCUCCUCCACCCUCGCUCCAACCGGCCCCAACUCAGCGCUCACUGCAGCCUCCAACUCCAAAACCACCCCACCCGCGCCCCCCUCCACCCCCACUGUGGGAGGCCGGAUGGGGGCCAGUGCCCAGGGGGGUGCGCCUUCCCUCCACAACCUUCUGGGGCCGAAGCUGGAGCACAUCCAGAGCAAGAUGGAUGCAAAGCAGAGCGCUCCUGCCACGGGCGGCACCAGCAAGAUCGACAAAUAUGCACGCAUCCUCUUCCCAGUGUCCUUUGGGGCCUUCAACAUGGUCUACUGGGUGGUUUACUUAUCAAAAGAUACAAUGGAGGGACGAAAUAUUUAAUCCUCCUCGUCUUCGUCUCGGCGUGGAUUAAUAUCUGUCUGUCACGCUCUCUCAGUCUCUCUCUCUCUAUAUACCCUCUCUCUCUCUCUCUCUCUCUCUCUCUCUCUCUCUCUCUAACCUCUCUCACGUGGAGAUGUUGAGUUACAGAGGAAAUAAAUCUCUCUGUGUGGAUAUGGUCAAACAUUUCCAAGGGGAGAAAUGAAAUCAUAUCUUGACAAGUCAGAAAAAACACUGAACAAGCAUUGUUGCAGAUUAUCUCAGCAAAAAUAAUCUUUUAGCCUGUUUUUUUUUUUGUUGUUGUUCAUCGUCAAGGACCCCCAUGCUAACCGUCCCUCAAGAACAAGCAUGUGGAUUUAAUAAGAAAAAAUCUUUCAAGCAGUCUCCAGAGAUGGAAUAUAAAAAUCUCUGGAUUUUGUUUUUGUUUAUUGUUUGUUUGGGGGUUUAUUUGUGCUCACAUAUUUAUGCCAAUUCAUCUGAGGGACAUCUGGCAGUUUCCUUUCAAUCAGAGUAUCUAACCUGGGAGGAUGCCACAAUAGGACUCAGUAGGAACUGAGCACUUUCCAGGUCUGUUUUUUUUACCCACAAUGCAACACCCCCCUCACUGGGGGCCAGUUCUCAACCCACCUUUCCCUGUUUCCCUCCUAAAUUCAGGUUGGCUAAAAUAGCAUAAACAAAUCAAGGUCUCAUCCAAUGUAAGCUUCUCUGAGUCGUUGCAAACUUUGGGUCAAGUACAGGAUCUUUAAACAAUACAACAGCUUGAACAGCAAUUCAGCUGAUGUUUCACCAGCGUAAGACCACUAAUUUAAAUGCAUGUCUUUUAAUUCUUUAUUUUUUCGUUUUGUGACACAGUCCUGACCAGAGACAUGGAUGACUGAUGCUGUCUCUAUAACCUCUUAUUGACUAGAAUAGUAUUAAGUCCAGCGAACCCACAGUGGCUUGACAUAUGCUUGUUUGUUUUAACGUUUUAACUUUUUUUACUUAUUGGUAGAGCAUUUUCUUGUCUUUUCUUUUCUUUGAAUGUGUUAUUCCUUCCUGUCAUCAGGCUGGCAGGUUAGUGAGUAUGGUGUAACAAAUGAUACUUCAUACAAUACAUGUGUAUAGGCAUUCUGUUGCCUAUCCUGAUCAUGUGACCAAACAAUAACAGAGGCUGUUACAGCAGUGGAACCUUAACAGAACUUUGAAAGGUAUUUGAUUUACAUAGCACAAAACCUUUGGACAUGGUCCGGUACACUCUCCUUGAAAACAAAGAUUGUAUGGGAUGAUAUGAGUUUGCAUGUUUAUUUGUAUCAGGGCAGAUAGGUUUGAGAAAAGACUUUGUACGAUGACCCAAUCUGAAGGGCAAAAUGCCCAGAUUGAAUAGUGGGGUGAGGGCACAGAGAAAGGGCCAGAUUGAUAGCAAAGCCCUGUCUACUUCAGAGAGGAAAUAUUGACCAGGCGUAAGCAGUUCUGGUUGCCCAGGAAGUGUCUUCCACACACACCAUUAACUUGAGAAACUUCCAUAUCUCACCCUAAAACACAACCACAUUUUCCCCGGGUCCGUCCCGGCCUUGUGAUUUAAUACUGGCCAUCGGUUCAGAGCCAAGCUCUAGCCACAGUCCAGUUUACACACACACACACACACACACACACACACACACACACACACACACACACACACCCUCUGCAGCUAUUGAGUUUUCUCAGAGCGCUUGCCAAUCUCGGGAGCUGGUGAUGUGCCAGGCCUGUCUGGCUGUGCCAGGUGUGUUGAGAGUGAUGUGUCCGGGAGCCAGGAGGACACCGGCAGGGGCGGUAAAUCGCCAGGAGCCAGCCAGACCCCGGAUUAAAUGUCAAUUUCGACCGGGCGAUGGGAGGCCAGCGCGGAGCUUUCUCCAGCCCAAGGCCCAUCCACCAGAUGAUAUGCUCUUCUCACACUUAAAUACAGUGACAGAGAUCAUCGCGUCAUGUCCUUAUUGUGGUCAAUAGUAGGCGAUUGGAUUAGCUCGAUCUCUAAGUAUUAGGAUGGCUGCCCUGUUGUCCUUGUUAAUAGCUGCCUUAUUGAUUGGAGUACUGAGAACAGUCACCCCACACACACACACACACACACACACACACAUACAUCUCCCAGUGAGUACAUUUAAUCUGCUAGCCGCUAAAUUAAAUCAGUGUGUGUUUUGUUGUUCCUGAGAGAGGAUGCAUUGACAUGGCAACCAUGUAAGGCAUUUCUUCAGCCUGAGCCUGGAGCAUGUGGGAAGAAUACUAAUACUUUCUGAGGCAUCUGCAGGCUUUUUGUCUUCGUUUCCUCUCUGAAACCAGCAGUGCCGUUUCAAAGGUUAAAGUGCUAAGUAGAUAUUUAGUGCCCCUGGGGAUCUUGUUCCAGGCACUUACCUUUGCUAGGGAUGUGUCACUUCUAUACAACACUGGGUAGCUCAUUACCUGUCUUGUUCUUUUUCUCUCUCUUUCGCUCUCUCUCUCACUCAUUCCUUUUCUCUGUGUGCACUCUCUAUUCCCUCUAUUUCUCCUUUCCCUAUCCUGCUUUCUGUUCUCUCUCUCUUUCACCCCCCCACACACACACACACACACAUACAGAUACACACUUACACACACUCAUUCCUUCUAAAAUAGACUAAUGCUCCUUCCACAGCUCAUCUUGGAUACACUCUUUAAUAGGGGAUGUAUUUCAAAUCAAAAGACCGAUGAGGGAUGAAGACGUUUGGGACUAUGAGUGUCCUAGGAAAAAACGCGCUCAUGGGUGAAAUUGACUUUGUAACCUUGACCUACCCCCUCCCCUAUCUAACUCCACCUAUACCUGUUUUUAGAAACACACACACAUUCACACAAUUUUGACCUCCGAUGAGCCAUCUCUUUGCUUAGAAACCACUGGAGUCGCCCUACCUAGUCCUGUUCUCACACCCUCUGGCCCUGCCGUUUCUCUUGUAGCUCACCUGCUCUGAGGGAGGCAUGUCAUCUGAGGAUAAUAGUUUUGCCGUUUACAUAAGAAAGCAUUCAGCCAGAGGAGGCGAGCUCAGUAACUAACAGAAAUAUCAUUACCGAAGACAGGGCUGUGGUUCACUGACUGCAUUCGACACUUUAAACCGACCCUCCAAGCUAUCUGUUGAGACAACACGCUUUAUUGCUCUCUCCUCUUUUUCUCUUCCGGUCUUUUCUCCAUCACUAAGAAGCUUAAUGAAAGUGCAAAUCACAGUCAGCGAGCAUCCUGUUGUGAACUUUGUGGUGGUGUUUGAUUUUCUUUCUUUUCUCUUUCUCUUUUUUUCCAAUUUGUCUUGUUUUUUUGUGCAAUAAAGCAAUGCCCAGAUUUCCUGUUCCAUGUUGCUUGCAUCAAUAACCAGACUAGAUCAUCUCAGGUUAGGCUGGCCUUGAAUUAUGUGUAUACAUGCAUGAUUUUAAAAAAAAAAAGAUGCAUCGGCAUUUAUUUAAUUCCUUGUAAGCGAAAAAGGACACCUUAAUAGGAUACCACUGGACUUCAGUGUUUCUGAUGGAAUUUUAACCUCAGUGAACCUGGAGCUCUGUCGGGCAGUGCAAGACGCAGGGCAUUCCCCAUUCAUCCACUGCCGCUGAUGAUGCAGAGUACUGGCAGCUGGGUGUGCAAACGUUAUCCCAACAUACUGACUUUGUUUUUCCUUCUCCUCACCAAGAAGCAUUGUCCGCCGCAGCGGGAGACCUCACCUAGGGAAGUUGUAUUGCCCUAUAGCUCGUAUUUGUGUGUGAUCUUGCUCUUGGACUGCAUCUAAAAACCCACAAGGAGGACGAGAAGGAGCAGCAGUGGGAGAAACGAAGCACACAGCACACAGACAGCAAAUGAAAUGUGUGAAGACGAACAAAAUAAGUCUUGUUCCUCACCAACAGACCAGUCUGGAAACACCUGUAAUUUAAACACUUGCUGUAAAUACGGUCAUCAAUAACUGAAUGUGUUUGUACAGACAAUACUAACAUUCUGUGUUUUGUAGUUGAAAAGAAUAUUUACAAUUGCUCUAUGCAAAACAAUCACCUUAGAAUAUGACAUUGUGCAGGUGCCUAAGAUGGUCUCCUUAAUGAUGAUAUCGAUCACAGCCAAAUAAAACCAGUGAUAAUGUUCGAAUAAAUAUAACCAUUCAUCCUCUGUUAUUUGCUGUAAAGAAUUCCUCUUUGUUUUAAUGUAGUAGUGUCCAUUUUAAUGGUUAUAUUCUAUAUCAUAUGAAGGUAUGCUGAGGUUACAUGCACAGAUAUUUCUGGAAUUUCUGGCAGGUGUGCCAACAACAACAACACAUCUCAGUCUGUUUACUUUGUGCUUCCUGCAGACAGUAAUACUUCGGGCUAUUUAUUUUGUUUAGCAUCGUUCUAUGCAACCCUGAGUCAAUACACACCAGUGCAUGUACAUACAUGAUAGAAUAAGCUUAAAGUGUGUGUGUGUGUGUGAAAGAGAGAGGGAGAACAGAAAAUCAGAGUAAAAAAAAAGAGCUUGAGGGCCUGGUGUAGUUCCAGACCUCCAAGCUGCAUCGACCCUGAAUCGACCCUUUUCCCCCUGCUGUGCUACUGAAAGAGAGAGAUUCCUUCAAACCCAAGAGGACCCCCAAUAAUAACACUGGGGGCCCCCACACACCACUGGCACGAAUCAGUCAGUUAGAAAUACCAAAAGCCCAGUCCUAGUGUUUCCAACACGUACUGUAUGGUGAUUGAGCAACCGAGCUCUCAAGAGCCCUGCACAGUGUGUAUUCUGCUAACACGGCAGUCUGUGUGUGACAGCCUGGACUCUCCAAAAGAGCAUGUCUGUCAGUGGAGGACAGCCAUUUGAACAGAAAAAAACUAAAUUGUGCUAACCACUGACAAAAGAAGCCAGUUCUUCUCUCUUUCUUCAACACAUUUAAACAUCAGUCUAAAAAUAGGAGACGCUGCCAUGACAACCGUAGUUUGAGAGCAAAAAAAAACUGUAAACAGCUAUGGCACUGACAGUUUUCAAUGGCUAGCUGAAGAAAGGCAGUUUCUGCGGAGCAAUUAAAGUCUAAUUAAGAAACAUGACUUCAUGGCUGGACGGCUUGGCUGUUGUCUCUGACAGCAGAGGGAGAAUGGGUUCAGGCCCUUGGCUCUUGUUCAUAAUUGUUCUGACUUUUCCAUUCCUGUACUGAACUGGAUUUAUUGCUGUGACGGAAGAGAAGGAAAUAAUUAUUCCUCUUCCCCAACUCCAACCCCCAAACACACACGCUCACACACACACAUACAUGCAUGUGUGCACACACACACACACCAAACCACACUAUUAAUACAUACAGAGGCAAGGGUUUAUACUUAAAAAAAUAAAUAAAAAAUGCACUGCUGCACACUGAGUAAAUAUUAGAUUAUCACCACAAUUUGUCUAUUAUGGAUACACACUGAGUUGUCUACGAUGUUCAUCAUGUGUUUCAUGCAUGCUUCAUUACACAAGUUCACACUUGUUUCUUUAGUAGCCAUGAGAUGUUCAUCUUUGCCAGAUUAUCAGUGCUAUUUAUAAGACAGCGGCCUCUACUGCAUAUGUGUGAUUCAAGAUCAUUUGAAUAGGGCCCCCUUCUGGUUAAACUGAUGAACACAUAAACUCCACAAAAUUAAAGUUCCCAUUUUUAGAUGGGCAUUUAAGGUAUUAUCACAUUAAGGCAUUAUCAUGUGUGAGGAUAAUGUGUGUUUAUUUCAAUAUACAAUUAACUGUCUUUAAUCUGUUUAUUUUACUGGGCAAAAGAAGAUCUGUAGAAUGGAAGACUAAAACUCUCUGUGAGACGGCAGAUAUGUCUUGUCCCUCACUGCAAUACUUGGUCAUAUGAGAGUAAGUGGGUAGUUAUUUAUUCACAAUGUGUUUUUUUUCCCUCUCUUCGCUUGUUUUAUAUCAUUUUUGUUAUAAAAGCCAGGAGGGGGAAUAAUUUGCAAUUAUGUUUCUGUCAGCAUUUACUACUUGGGACAUACCCAGGCAUACUGUAUGUGCAGGUAGCCCUCUCACACAUAACCUCCACCCGCCCACACAGGACCCGCACACACCCACCCACCUACGCAUGCAUAUAUAGACACACACAUAUUAUACAAACACACACACACAUGCUCACAGUUUCUGUGCUAUUUAUAAACACUGUUCAUGUUAAGAUCAAAAAACGGUAUGCCUUCUAUUUCUGCCUUUCAACAAGAUCGAACCAUCUGGAUGUUAUAUACGCCAGUGUUGUGCCCAGUUUAAUCGCUGGUGUCGAGUGAGAGUGUUAUGUUUUUAUUAUGAGUGAUUCUCUGUUUUUUAUUUGAGGUUAUCUUUACUGUUUUUCUUUUUGAAUGGAGAGAACAUGAAGAUAAAUACUUAAACACAUGA